AUGUUUGCGCGGCUCACUCUGGCGACUCUUGACGACUUUCGGUGGCGCCUUAUGGAUGCCUUAACUGCAUGUCCGCUACCCAAAUACCGGCUUCUUUCGCGAGACCUCUUCCUGACUGUCGUCAACAUCUGUCGGCGAUCCUGCUGCUCACUUGCUUGUCUUUUGGGUGGCCAGGCUUGUUGGCGCGCUCCAACCAUAGGCAGAGACAACAGCCUUUUCUCUGCCGACUUCCAGCGUCGCCUUCUUUUUCCAUCUUUUCUAGGUUGUCAAAGUGGGUAUUAUUUAUAG